ACUUCAUGCGACAGUAUUGCAGCACAAUCACGUUCCGGACACGGAAAUAGAGCAGGACCAAUGACCAACAAUCGGAUCAAUCCGUGGUUGUACGCCGGGCUAGCAUCUUCUUUCCCGAACAUUGAACGAGCAGAAAACAACAAAACAAGAAUAUGUCUGCCAACACCAGACCCCUGGGACUCGCCAAGAGAAGCACCACCUCAAUCCUGCAAAACAUUCACAAAACCUGCUGAACCCUCAUCUGCUACACCACUAGACGAGACACCAAUUUCUGAAGCACAACAGAAUUCAAUCAUGGUUUUCAGAUACAAGGAAAGGAUCUAUGCGAUUGAGCAGGCUUGCCCACAUCAAGCUUACCCAUUGACAAGAGCCUCACUAUCAGAUAUCGAAGAUUUUGGUAUCGUUUUGAGUGUCGGAAUCACUUGUCCGAAGCAUGGGUGGACGUUUGACUUGCAUACAGGAGAGGCGGAUGUGAGUCGUUAUAAGCUGGGGCUCUAUGAUGUUGAGUCGAGAAGAGGGGAAACCGGCGAAGAACAGGUCUGGGUCAAGAAGAAGGAGAGAAAGCGAAUUGGAUGAUAUGGUCUCCGAGAUGGAUGUGGACCGUGCAGUUUGUCGCGCGAGAAGUGCACCGCCUUCGCCCUCAUCUGCAUCACGACCCGAGCCCUUCGGCUGGAGGAAAG